UACAUGCAUUCGGAGAACAUAUCUAUUUUUGAACCUCACCUGUCUACUAUUAAGCUCAUCUCGAAAAUUGGCUACAGCGUAUCGUUGGCUGGCCUAAUCGCUGCGUUCGUGAUACUGGCGUCUAUCAAGCGGCUGCGCUGCCCACGUAACAGCCUGCACAUGCAUCUAUUCGUGUCCUUCAUCCUGCGGGCGCUCGCUUUCCUCCUCAAGGACGCACUGUUCAUUGAGGGCGUCGGACUGACUGGAAACGUCGACUUCACCAAAGAGAAUGUGGACUGUAAGGUGUUCACCAGCUUCUGGCAUUACGUGCUCAUGGCCAACUACUGCUGGAUUCUCAUGGAGGGCCUCUACCUGCACAGCCUUGUGUUUCUCGCCUUUUUCACGGACAGCUCCAGCAUACUGCGUUACGUAGCACUCGGAUGGGGUCUUCCAGUCCUGUUCAUUGUUCCUUGGGUUGUUGUUAGAGCGACACUGGAUGACACUCUCUGCUGGACAACCAACCCAAGGCAAGACUUGUUCUGGAUCAUACGUGGACCAAUCACAGCUUCCAUUCUGGUGAACUUCAUAUUGUUCCUGAACAUUACACGUGUGUUGUUCGCUAAACUGUUUGCCUCUCAAACACCGCAAGCAAGGAAAUACCGGUACAGAAAGUGGUUCAAGUCGACGCUUGUCCUGGUGCCUUUGUUCGGUGCUCACUACGCAUUUCUGCUGGGCAUGUCGCUGGCUGCUGCUGGGGACCUGCUCGAACUGGUGUGGCUGUACGUCGAUCAACUAUUCUCAUCUUUCCAGGGUUUCGUGGUGGCGUUGCUGUACUGCUUCUUGAACGGCGAGGUGCAGACAGAGCUUCGCAAGUUGAUUGAGAGAUGGCGCUGCGACAACCAAGGACCCGGCCGAGGCGACAAGCAGCUUCAGCAUCGUCACUCUCUCUUCACGCAAUCUGUGACGUUCCUCAGCAGAGGUCGGAGUUCCAUCCAAUCAUUGCACUCCAUGGACAGGACCAAGAGCCCUUCUCCCAAUCUUGCGAACAGCGGACGGACAAGUUUGAAGGGAAGGAACGCCUGCGAAUCAGCGCAAUGGGGACAUGCCCUGGAGCACACCGAGGACAACCUCCUUGAGAAGGAACCUGUCUUAAGCGAUCAGGGACGCGUUCAGGGACGAUUGCUGUGUUUAAUCGCGUGA